UCAAAAUUCUCUCGAUUUAUUUUCGGUUUUUUCUCGAGACAGAUUUUGAACCCCUAUAAAACCUCUCGUUCUUCUCCCUCUCGAUUUAUAUUCAGCUUUUUCUCGAGACAGAUUUCGAACCCUAUAAAACCUCUGGUUCUUCUCUCGGAUUCUCAAUUUCCUUAAACCUUGAACCCUAAUUUCUUACAAUGACUUUAAAGAAUCUACCUUCUGUUUCAUCUUCUUCUGCCUCUGAAGAAGAAAGAGAGGUCGAAGAGGAAGUAGUUAACAACAAAAAAGAAGAAAGUGACGAUAGCGAAGAAGAAGAAGAAGAAGAAGAAGGCGGAGAUGAUGAUGAAGAAACUGAGAAAUCAAGAUUCUAUGUUGUUCCAAACUCUAAAUCCAAAUCUAAAUAUGCUGAAGAAGAAGAAGACUCUGACGAUGAUUCGGAAUCUGAUGAACAAAUCCCAAUUGAAAAGGAAAAGGAAGUCAAGAAACCCAAACACACUUCCAUUCCUGCCAAACGUCCUGCUGUUACUCCUGCUGCCAAACCACGGGUUCAAGCAGAGAAAUCCGCAAAACGGAGGAAGAAGAACAAUGAUGCGAAUGGUGGAGAAGAGUCUGAGAAGAAAUCAGCGAGAGUGUGGACUGAAGAAGGUGAGAUUGUUCUUCUGCAAGGAAUGGUUGAUUAUAUCAAGAAAGGUAAAUGCCCUAAUACUGAUUCAAAUGGUUUUUAUGAGUUUAUUGAGGGCUCUAUUGAUUCUGAUGUUAGUAAGGAGCAAUUGUCUAGCAAAAUUAGACAUGCCAAAGUGAGAUAUAGGCAGAAUGAGGCCAAAGAGAUGAGUGGGGAAGUGUUGACAUUUUCCAAAUCCCAUUUUGAGAAUUGUUAUGAGUUGUCAAAGAUGAUAUGGGGUGCUGAUAGGAAACAAGAAAAUGAUGGUAGAAAGAAAAAAGGAAAAGAUGGUGAAGGUGAAACAAUUGAGGUGGAUGGUGCUACAAACGGUAAGAGUAAGAGUAGGAAGAAAAAAGCUAGUAAUGAUGCAGGUGUUUCGGAGAAACAUGAAGAAGGUGUUAAGGUAGAUGAUGUUGCUGAUCAAUUGAAAGCAACAGUUGAAAAAGAAGAAGAAGAAGAGAGUUUUGGAUUGAAUGAAUUGAUUCUGUCUAAGGAGCAAAUUAUUAGGCCACCUCCCGGUUUGGAAAGUUUUCUAAAUAGAAGAGCUUUUCGAUUGAUUGAUCCUACAAAGGGGAAGACACUUGAAAAGAAAUGGAAGGACUUACAGGUUGCAGAGACGGAGUUGUUCUUGAAAAGGAUUGAUUUGGUUCGUGAAUACUCAUCGUUGGCUUUGGAGGCACUGAAAUCACCAACUUCUUAAGGUUUCUUCUUUUGACUCACUCGAUUAUAAUCUGGUUUUUGUCUUCUUAAUAGCAUAGGUGGGGGAGGUUCAGUGUUGAAUGUUAUGUCUAUUGAGAAGUUUCGGGGUUUUAGUUUUAUGUUGCUAUAGGAGUAUGGUUCAUAAUUUUUUUUCCACUUAAUAUCUGCAUCUGUUCGUGGUUAUACAUCUACACAUUUUAUUUUUCUUA